AUGUGGUUUGUAAACUCUGAAAAAGUCGAAGAAGUCUGGCCGCUCAAGCCGCGUGACUCAGUCGAUCUCGGAUGGCUGAAGCUCUGCGACGGCAAACGAGUGCUCUGGGAGAUUGCGGACCCAAAGCGCCCGGACAGCAUAUUUCAUAACGUGUUGAAAGAACAGAAUGCUUACACCGUUAUUCUACCUGAAUGGGUCCGGGACCCUGAAGCUAUGGCGAGGAUACCACCUCGGCUCAAACGGAUAUUUGGUGUCACAUCCACUUCGACCAUUGACAAUAAUGUCUACCUGUUGACUCUCACGCUUCUCUCGCGGCUUCAGAAUCAACGGCUCACGAUUGCGACAUCACAGAGCUUCCUCCAGGCCAUUGCAUUCGUUACACCUGAGCUGGUCCGCUUGCUUGAAUCCAAGGACCCUCGGGCCGUGUUCAUCAUCGGCUGGUGGUUCAAAAUGAUGGCCGAUGGCGAUCUGUGGUGGGUGGUCCCGAGGGCAAAGAUUGAAGGUCGUACGAUUCGAAUCUGGCUCGAGAAGGAAGAUGGUGUGUUCGGCCUUGCGCAGGUGCUGGAUGACUUGGUCCCUGAGCGGUCAAUGCCGCAGGAGCAACCGUGA